ACCUUCUAAACUAAGUGCAGGACAAUGUGUCCUUAAAUUUCUGUGACUAACUUGUUUAAAGAAUAAGAGAGGAGGAGAACAGAACUUAUGCCAAAGCAAAUAAAUUAGUAAAUGAAGGCACAUUCAUAUUUGUUGGGGAUACUGCAGAUACAAGAAUGAAUGUCUUCAACAGACUGCGACGUCACUACAUCAUCUUAUUUCUGAGUUUAAUGACAAUCUGUUUACUUGUCUAUAUCAAAACCUCACAAAACAUGGCCUUGAAAAGGUUGUGUUCUUGUAAGACUUGUGUAAUGGACUUUAUGGAGGAUGAGUGGGUCGUUUAUCAUUUCAACCUCAAGGUUCCACCUAUGCUCAACAGGAAAAACAGUGAGCUACACCAAGACAUCUACAAUUGGUGGAUGGGUCUGCAAUAUUCAGCAAAAAAAUUCAACUACACAGAAGUUGUGGACCAGCUGUUUUCACUUUUCCCAGAUAAAGAACACUUCUCAGAUGGUGGUCCAGAUCGCUGCAGAACCUGUGCUGUGGUGGGGAAUUCUAGGAACCUCCUGGGAUCCCAUUAUGGGUCUCUCAUAGAUAUCCAUGAUGUUGUCUUUAGGAUAAAUGAGGGUCCAACAAAAGGCUAUGAAAGGGAUGUAGGUUCUAAGACCACUCACCGGAUUCUUUAUCCUGAGAGCGCUGUGGAUUUGGACGACUCCACUCACCUGGUGCUUUUUCCUUUUAAAAUCAUGGACAUGAAGUGGCUCAUAAGUUCCUUCACCACCAGAAACAUCACACGCACAUACAUCCCAGUGAAACCUUUCAUACAUGCAAAUAAGCAUAAGGUGAUGAUUCUCCAUCCUGGAUUUAUAAAUUAUGUCCAUGAGAGAUGGUUGCAACGUUAUGGCAGAUAUCCAUCCACUGGCUUUGUUACAUUAAUCUUAGCCUUGCACGUCUGUGAUGAGGUGAAUGUUUUUGGAUUUGGAGCUUCAAGUGAUGGAACGUGGCACCAUUACUUUGAUGAAACUAAUAAUCACUAUAAUGGAGGCCCUCAUGUUGGAGACUUUGAAAACAAAACAGUGCAUCAACUUCUUCAGAGAAAAAAGAUUUCAUUGUAUAAAGGAUUAAGAUAAAGAAAUGCAUAUAAAUGUGUCUUGACAAUGUGUAACACUACUUUCUGCAUCUUGGUAAUUUAAAAUAAAUAAAUAUGGUAUUCAAUUACACUGCUACGCAAAUCCACCUCUCCUUCAAACCUCUUAGACUGCGUUGCUGAGAUUAAAAAGUGGUUCACAUAAAAAUUUCUUAAAUUAAAUUGUGUUAAAACUAGAUCCUGCUGAAUCACUAGUCGUCCCUGUCUCUACAUAGGUUAAAACCUUGGGUGUCAUAUUUGAUAGUACCUUAUCAUUUAAAAUAAAUAAAAGACCCAGACUAAAAUGCAAACAGCUUGGAUUGACAUACCUUAAUAAAAUAUAUCAUUGCCAUUAGGAUGAGUAAAUGAUGACAGAGUUUUCAUUUUAAAGUGAACUAUCCCUUUAACAAAACUAAUGAAAAACAGAGAACUACUUGCAAGAAUGAGCUCUGCAACAACUACCUAUCUAUAUACAUGCCUGGAUUUUGCAUACAACGUUUUACUGUAUUUACUUUUUACUCUAUUUACUGUAAAAAAAAAUGAUGAUUUUGAAAGAUGAAAAUUCAUACAAUAAAAUAUAUUUUUACAAUAUAACACACAAACAGUUGUGUAAAUUUAACAAUUAUAAUAAUACAUUAAAAAUAUUAUAAUCAAAAAUAUGGCUCCUACAGUGGCCAUAAUUUAAAGGACACAAUUAUCAGCUCUGCCUCAACAAGGCAAGGCAUAAUAUUCUACAUUUGAAUGAAUUUGUUUACUCAAUUUAUGUGUUGAUUGGUUGUUAUUAAUAAUAGGCUCAAAUGUAGACCAAUUGAACACGCCACGUGGGAGGCUCUGCGCAAUAAGAAUUGCGUGUCUAACUUAAUGUUUUGCGCAUUAGUGCAAACAGUUUGAGCAGGUGGAGGUGCGUUUCUCCCACCACAAGUAAUUUUAUUAUCAGCUGAG